GAAACAGAAUUAUUUAAAGUACAAGCGUUGCUUCAGUCAGUUGUCUCUUAGCUAUUCUAUAGUGCGUUCGUCUGCCUACACCUAACUUCUAACAUCAUGUAUGCCAAGCGCUGUUUGCCACUUUUGCUGCUGCUCCUGUGUGGUGCCAUUGCCAGGAGUGAGCCACAGGUGGCCAAAGUGAACGAUUUGGCGACUGCCGAAACCUCGGCCAAGUUGUUGAACCUGGGCGGUUUAUUUGGACAGGGCUCUGGCUAUCCAAACUAUGGCUAUAAUUAUCCCAAUUAUGGAUACAACACGGGCUACUACAACAGACCUAUCAGCGGCUAUUACCCAAGCUCCGGCGCUGGCUAUUAUCCAACCAACAGCUACAAUGGCGGCAGUUACUAUGGCAGCACGGGUGGUGCUUACUAUCCCAGCACGGGCGGUGGCUAUUAUCCCAACAGCGGCUACUACCCAACCACCAAUAUACUGGGCUCAUCGGGAUAUGGCGGCUAUGGAGGAUAUGGAGGUUUGGCACGCAAGAUUUACGGCUAGAGGCGACAGCAGUAAGACAGAGACGCCCACCAAGAAGCACCAAGCAAGAAGCAACUGUUAUGCUUCAGCAAACACCACAACAACCAACAACAA